CCAUCCGCGUUCUAGGCACUGGGGCGAGCGAAAUAUUUUGUUUUGGUAAUUUGGUUUGAAUUCUGGCGCAAUUUCCUUCUUCUAUUAUUUCAAAAUAUUUUACACACUACACAUUUUCCGAAUUUUGGUGCCUAUGGAGGAUAUUGAAAACAACUUACACAUAAAAGAUGUUAAAGUGGAUUGCAUAGAAGGUGUCCUACAGGACGCUGAUGUCAAUACGACAGCUGGUGGUGAUAUUAUUGAGGAGCAACAUAAAUACAUAGACAAAAUUUGGCAAGUCAAGUCUCAUAUUGGAACUCUGAAAUAUGCUUGGGCAUUGUCUGAGGCAGCAGUGUGGUUUGCGAAUGGUUUGGAUCAAGAAAGACUUAAUGUUGAUGCUGAGGAAAACUGGCUCACUUGUGAUGAUCAACAGAAAGAGAAGGAACUGAUGAACAAAGAAAGAAAAGAGUCUGAAAAAGUUAAGAAUGAUAUAGAAGAUAUUCAAGAAGUGUUAGAAAAACACGCUGAGGAUAUUCAAACAGCUGAUGAAGAGAUUAAAGAACAGAAGCUGCUGAUUCAAAAAAAGCUAUCAAUUGUAAAGGAGAAGAUGGAAAAGCUAAAAAUGUUGCAAGAGAGGAAACAAUUGUUGGACUCGAAAAAAAAGGAGCAUCCUUCUGCAUUUGGUGCAGGCAAUUACAGCCUAGAGCAUCAAACAGAAAAAUUGAAGCAAACAUCCGAGGCGCUUAAACAAUGCACAGCUGCUGUGGAUAUUUUGAGUCAACGCACGUCUUUACUGGAAGCAGAACGUGACACUUGCAAGGCAACCUUGGUUAAAAUGGAAGAGAAGUUAUCUACAUUAAAGGCUGAACAGAAAGUUAGAUCAUCGGAGUCUUCGGAACAAAAACGGAUGGAGUCGUACUAUAAAGAUCUGAUCUCGUGCGGAGUACGAGUUACAACCCUUUCAGAAAAAUGGUUGGAAAUAGAGAUUUCAGAUAUAUACGAAUGCAGUGACGAUAUAGCGACCCUCACACUAGUUAUUCAUUUUGGUGAGGACAAGCAUGGUUCCCUUGUCUUCGAAGAUGUGACGGCAAACUGUUCCACGUUCUUCAUCAAAGAUCUGAUUGAUUAUUUGAAGUCAACUAGCGAGCUCAAAGUUUUUAAUUUUGAAGUUCAAAGGCGAUUUCAUAAUCGAAUGAUGUUAUUGAGAGAAAUGGAAGUGUUGCAGAAAAGGUUUGCGAUUGAUUGGAAGGAAGAGGAACAAGUAGUGCGACUUAUGCUUGGAAAAGCUGGCCAAAUUGUUUGUUCAUUGAAAAUGGAGAAAGAUUAUCCUUCUGAGGGAAGCGUCAGUGUGGUAGAAAUUCAUGGAGCGGACCCAGCUAUUAUAUUUCAAGAUAGUUUGGUCACUGGGGAGUUGAAAACGCUCACUAGUUGGAUAGAAUACUUGGAUAUAAAGUAUAUCUCAUUGUAAACCUUGCUGUGCCUGUAGUUAUAUUGCAAGAUCGCGACCAAAUAUACAACGAACUUGCUCUUUCAGAGUAGAACAAUUUUUUCCUAAUAAUUAUGCAUGGCCGUUAAAUGUAUAGUAUUGGAACUUCAAGAACAAGCCGAUUUCCUCAUAUGCAAGCAACGGUGGAGGGAUUCACAUAAUACAAGAGUUGAAUGGAUUCACUCAAAAUUAUUAUAAUAAUAUAGUCUAUAUAACAAUAGAGCCUAUCAUGUAUUUGUAACGUAUUAUCAUCCACGCAUUUUUUUCACUAUUUAUACAGUAUUUUUAAUUUGUCGCAGUAUUUGAUCUGCAGAACAGAAAAAUAGAAUCU